GAAAAAUUCUUUUUUUUUUCUGCUCUAUCUAUAUUAUGGUUCAAGUUAUUGACCCUAGCAGUCUUUCCAAUCUUUCUGAAAUCUUUACUGAACAUGUCCAUUUUAACUGGACUAUUUCUUUUACUGAAAAGAAAAUCAAUGGUCAUGUUAUUCUGGAUUUAGUGACUUUGGCCCCCAAUGUGAACAAGGUUGUCUUGGAUACAAGUUAUCUUGAUUUACAAGGUGUUUCCUUGAAUGGAAAGGAUCUUGAGUAUACUGUGGCUGAUCGCCAUUUGAGCCUUGGUUCUGCCUUGACUGUCACACUUGCCGAAACCAUCGAAAAGGCUGGUACCAAGUUCCAACUCAAGGUAGAUUACUCUACCACAGACAAAUGUACUGCUAUUCAAUACUUGGAACCUGAACAAACUGUUGGUAAAAAGCAUCCUUACUUGUUCUCUCAAUGUCAAGCUAUCCAUUGCCGUGCUAUGUCUCCUAUCCAAGAUUCCCCCAGUAUCAAAUUGACUUAUUCUGCUAGUGUUACUUCACCUUUGCCAGUAGUCAUGUCUGCCCUUUUGAAGUCUGUGGAUGACAAUGGCAAUGGCACCAAGACCUAUCAUUUCAAGCAAAAUACAACCAUUCCUUCUUAUUUGAUUGCCAUUGGUGCAGGUAACUUAGUCGGUCGUGAGAUUGGUCCUCGCUCUACUGUGUGGUGUGAACCUGAAGUGAUUGAACAAGCUGCUUGGGAAUUUGAUGAUACUGAAAAAUUCAUUGCUACUGGUGAAAGUCUUUUAACACCUUAUGAAUGGGGUCGCUAUGAUCUUUUGGUCUUGCCUCCUUCUUUCCCUUAUGGUGGUAUGGAAAAUCCCUGUUUGACCUUCGUCACACCUACUCUCUUGGCAGGUGACAAGAGUGCUGUCGAUGUCAUUGCUCAUGAAAUUGCUCAUAGUUGGAUGGGUAAUCUGGUGACUACAGCUAAUUGGGAACACUUUUGGUUGAAUGAAGGCUGGACUGUCUUUAUUGAACGUAAAAUUGCUGCUCGUCUUCAUGGUGAACCUGAAAGACAAUUCAGUUCCAUUAUUGGUUGGAAGGCUUUGAAGGAAAGCGUUGAACUCUUUGGUUCUGAUUCUCCUGCUACUGUCUUGAAGCCUGAUUUAAGCAGUGGUAUUGAUCCUGAUGAUUACUUUAGUUCGAUUCCUUAUGAAAAAGGCUUCAAUUUGCUUUAUCAUAUUGAAAAGACAGUGGGUGGCCCUGCUGUAUUUGAGCCUUACAUGAAGGCCCAUGUAGAACGUUUUGCCUCCAAGUCCAUCACGACUGAAGAAUGGUUAUCUCAUCUUCACGAAUACAUGGAGUCCAAUCACGGUAAAGAAGUCCUUGAUAAAUUGAAGACGAUUGAUUUCGAUCUCUGGAUUAACAGCACAGGCAUGCCUCCUGUUGAUCCCAACUUUGAUACCAGCCUUGCUGAUGCUUGUUAUAAUCUCGCUACCCGUUGGGACCAAGCUCGCCAUGCCACGGAUCUUUCUCAGUUCUCGCCUGAGGACAUCAAGCACUUUACAUCCACUCAAAAGAUUGUCUUUUUAGAACGAUUGACGGAUUGUGAACCCUUACCUCACCAUGUACUCAGUAAGAUGGACGAAUUGUAUGACAUGAGUCCUAUUCGUAAUGCUGAUGUUCGUUUCCGUUGGGAGCAACUCUGUGUCAUGUCCAGUUACGAAAAGAUUUACCCUAGUGUGGUUGAAUUUAUCACCCAACAAGGUCGUAUGAAAUUUGUGCGUCCUCUUUACCGUUAUCUCUACAAUGCCAAGAACGGUGCUACUUUAGCUCAAGAAACCUUCUUAAAACACAAGAACUUUUACCAUCCUAUUGCAGCACAAUUGAUUGCAAAAGAUAUCAACUUGAAACAAUAAAAUUUAUU